GUCAAAUUUCAAUGUUGUUUGACUAUUUCGAGCACAACAGUGACGACAGUGCUCGAUACCGCUCGAUUACCAGAAAACGUUAUUCGUAACAUGUAAAGCGUGGCCAAAAGUUUUUAUUGGCGCGCAAAACGAUCGUAUCGAUAGCGAACUGUAUCGACGAUAAAUUUUCAAACACAAACGCUAACGUACGCAAACAUUUGGUUAGGAAAUAACGAAGCGUAGUUUAAUAUGCAUAUUUGUACAGUGAUUUUUUUGAAUUGGCACUAGAUUCGAAUUUCCACGACGAACUUGCAACAGUUUAGAGCAUCGUCCAAAUACCUGCGAACGAAAUCUUGGAAUAGAUAUGAGUUAUGUAAAGCGGCGUAGAAAUUGUGUCUCGAAAAACACCGAUCGGUUAAAGGAUUAAAAAUAUUUUUGGCAAUGUAAUUUGAAGAAAAAACUUCGCUUAUUUCUCGAAGUGUCAAACAGGUGUCGAUAAGUACGUACUAGUGUCAAACGUGUAUCGAUACUUUUGUAGAAUUUCCAAUCAUAUCGAAAGUCGUACGAUAUCAACAGUACCGAUGAAGUAUCGAUCAAUAAUGUUAAAUGUUCGAUCGAUGUUCCAAUCACGUUUUUCUUUCCUAUCCGCGAAUACCAUGUAAUCCAAUACGACCCAGAAGUAUAUACCAUCGCAUGCCUCGGGUCAUGAGGUGGAAGAGGGAGAGAUGUAGAGAUUUUGCGGACGAUGUAGAUAUAUUCGGAGGAAUUUCGCAGCAAAAAUAACUGCGGUAGACUACCGGUGGCUGUUCACCAGGGACGCGUCAGAGAGAAUCCGAAACUUUCAUAAGAUAAACGCGCACUUUACCCUAUCGUGCGUAUGCGUGUGUGUAUGUAUACCUUUCGUUUUUCAGUUCUUCACCGUUUCGUCCGAGUUUCUUGCCAUUAUGAUUCGCCCACGUAACCGAGUUCCACUCUAACGAUUCAGCUAAUCGAGAAGUUUACCCUCUACGCUAAUGACUACGGUUAUCCAUAAUGGCGGCUGCAGGUGCUGAAGGUUUAGGAAAUAAUUUUAAACCGUUUAAGGAUCGGAGUUUUAUUACCUAUAUUUUUUUAUACUCAAUAUAGAUUAUUUAUGAAACUAUAUUUAAAUUGAAUCUAAUUAAUAUUUGAUAGGGUAGAUAAAACUACUAUAAACAAAAAUGGCGGGAAAAGUGAAACAUCACAGAUACAUUGAAUUUAUUACAACUGUCAUUAACAAUUUGUAUUGAGUAAAAUAAUCAAUUACUUACUUUCAUUUAUUAACAUUUUAUAUUUCUUCCAGAAAGAUUAUUAAUUAGCAUGGUACAUGUACGUGACUCACUGUAAGUUUUAAUUAUCGCCUGUUUUGCUAUUCAUAUACGAUAAGUAUACAAAAACGUCUUAUCACGAAUGAAUAUAGAUAAGUAACGUAUUUAAAAAUCACCUUGGCAAUCGUAAAAGAAUUUUAAAUCGAAGGAAAAUGACGCAAAACAUGUUUCACCUAUUUUUUUAGAUUUUCAUUUCGAAGCUCGUGCCUAACAUGACAACGUUCCUCUCGCAAGUGGUUGUGUACACGUGACUGAAAAUUAUUCAUAGCGAAACGCGAGUAUGUCCACUCAGAGGGCAAUGUUUGUUAACAAACAAUUCAACUCUCCGAUCAACUUGUAUUCACCACAAGCGAUACAGGAAACGCUGGAUAGGCAAACUCAAGUAUUAGCCAAUGGCGCAGUUGGGAUCGAUUUCAAUCAGCUGGCCAAGCCGUCGAAUUUACAAAACAGUGCGGUUCUGCGAAUGCUUGAAGAAGAAGAAGCGAGGCAACGAGCUGGUCAACCCAGUCUUAAACGCGUAGCUUGGCCACCACCCCCAGAAGAUCAGGACCUUGAUUUUGUGGAGCAAGGACCUGUGCAAGCGAAGACCCGUGGAAUCGGUGAACGCGCCUCGUACCAGAGCAGUCCCUCAUCAGGUUCGUCGCCUCAGCCAUCGCUCGCUCGUUCGUCGACUCAGAGCGGUGUCCCAUCCUCGCCGUCGCCGGUUAGCCCUGGUGGAACUCUACGGCAACCUUCGCACUUUCAACAUCAACCUGUGCCAAAAGGCUGGGCACCGGUCACGCCACCGGCAACCUCCCCAGUUUCCCAGCCUGUAAAUUGGCCCAACCAGCCGCAGCUACAGCAACAGAAUCAACGUCCUCAGCAACAACCUCAGAAUCAAUAUUCGCCACGACAAACACCGAUUCAAGCCCCUACUGCGUUCGAAGCACCACCCUCCACCAUCACACUUCGCCCGGAGCCUCCAAUUUCACAGGCGCCAGCACCAGUUUACCAAGCACAACCCGCCGCGACAAAGGCUCCAGUGAGCGGCAACAUGAGGGGAGACCUCAAAUGGCCACCGCCAUCGGUGAAAGCUCAAACAGAGGCCGAAAACAGAGCCAGGAUGGAGUUGGCGAAAGGUCCUGCUUUCAGGCCCCGCCGAGUGCACAAGGACUACAGCGGAUUCUUCGCUCAACACGCCUUAACCAAUACAUAUCCGGGCUACCGAGCUCCACCAGGAACUCAAUACUUCACCCCUGCCUAUCAACAUUAGCGAAUUUUAUUUGACAAUGAUUUAUUUUGCUCUUAACGUCGUCCUGAGCUCGAUGUUUUAUAUUAUUGCAUAACGCGCGAAAUUGAAUGCUAAUCAAAUUAACCUAAAGAGCUGCGUUGAAAACCGAUGAAAUUGCUCAGGCCCGCUGUCGUUGGAAUUCAAAAUUUAAACGGUAAUGUCUUGGUAGUAGACACAUGGCCGCGUAGGGUGGGAAUUGCUGGCAUUUCUCGUCUUCGAUUUGCUCCAUAGCUGGAGAAAGUACCGUGAAAGUCGUUAUUUUAUGUCAUCGAGGUGUAAGAUAUAUAUAAUUAUUUAACCAAAGCAGGAAAUGCUGGAAUUGAGUUUACUAUCGAGGCAGUACUACUCGUUCGACAGGUCAUGCUUGUGAAGUGAUGAAUUUUUGUUCAUUCUGCACAUGUUGGUUUUCGUUAGCCGAGAAAGUAACACCUUUCCGACUUUCCUCACGCUUAUAUACCCAGUGGUCUUUUAUUUUGUAUACUUCCUUCAUAGUUGCCUUUCUCCUCUGUAUGUAUAUUUUGACCACCAUGUAUAUGGCUGAAGGAGUAAGCAUGUGGUAAUUGGAUGAAGUGGUAGGCUAAAGAUAACCGAGAUGUGCAUUACCGAGGAAUUAAAAUGUUGAAAAAUUUUGUAUUCAAAAUUUAUUUGAAGGGGACUUAGAACUGUACACGCACUACGUGUUUUGCUUUUCCAGUUCUUUGUCCAAAAUUGGCAUAAUUUCAUGAGAACAAGUAGCCUUCCUUAGGAAAAUAAGGGUAAGAGGAGUUUCCCGCCAUUUGUAUUCGAUUCUGGGAGAUCGAAUUGAAAAAUAUGUGAGUUACAAAUUUGUAAAUUUGAAAUUUCUAAAUUUACCCUUCGCCAUUUUCUUUGGGAAGUCUACUGUCCGCGCUGCUAUAUAUUCCGAGAUUGAUCAAUUAAUAUACCUUUCAGUGCCAUUAUCCGCCCUUAGAAUUAUCUUAACGUGUUGAUCAAUCAAAUCUUGUGUUCUCUAUAAUAUUAAAUAUUGGCGAGUAAAUAAAAAUCAAUGAAAGUAUGGGUUCUGGUGAAAUGUUACAAUGAAGUGAUAAAUAUCGGGUUAACAUAAAAGAAAAACCCAACGAAUAACGAAAAUCGAUGAUCGAAUAAUCGAAUAAAAUGCGAAUUGUUAAUAUCGAGAAAGAUUUUAUAAAAUAUUUUAAUGACCAUGCGUCUAUUAAACGACUAACGGAAACUUUUUAAUAAUGUAAUAUAUUGAUGUGUAUAAAUAAAAUAUAUUUAUAAAUUCAA